UAUCCCACAGUUGACAUUGGCAGUACAUGAUAAAUACUGUCAGGUCCUUCGGAUAGAUUGAAACACCAACAGUUUACAGGCUGAUUCAUUGCCUUCCAGAAACACACCCAUCAUCUUAAAACACAUUAACUGAAAGCGUCAAGUCCAGAUAAGGAGCGUUCGACUCGCAUGAACACACACACAGAGCGUCAGGUGACUGAUUCAGGGAUCCACGGCUCUUUCAUUAAUAUCCUCUUAGCACCGCUCCAUAUUGAAAAUGGAAAACAAACAUUUGGUGCGGAUGUUAUCAGAGGAUAGACCUCACUAAUGAUAUCACAGAAUCAACACACAUGCACAGAUGAAGAUCGUGUUGAGUUUUGGGUGUCGUCGUCAGCAUUAGAUCUGACACUAAAGUUACUGUCUGGAGUUCUGCACAUCACAGCGUUCUCGUGAAUGAAUGAAGGUCCAUUCUGUCAUUCACCAUGUGGAACGGAACAAGCUUGCAGGCGUGUGAAUUAAAUCUGUGUCUCUCCGUCUACAUCAUCACCUUCAUCACCGGUUUCCCCGCCAACGUUCUGGCCUUCUACACGUUCGGCCGCAAGGUGUGGAAGAAGCCGGCCCCCAUCGACAUCCUCCUCCUCAACCUCACCAUCUCAGACCUCCUCUUCCUGCUCGUCCUCCCGUUCAAGAUGCAAGAGGUGGCCAAUAACAUGAUAUGGAACAUGCCCUACUUUCUUUGUCCUCUGUCCGGCUUCGUAUUCUACAUGACCAUCUACAACAGCACCUUCUUCUUGACGGCGGUGAGCGUGGAGCGUUACCUCGGUGUGGCCUUCCCCAUCCAACACUCGCUGAGAAGACGACCCAUCUACGCCGUGUUUGCCAGCAUCUUCAUCUGGGGGUUCUCCAUGAUCCACCUCAGCAUCGUCUACAUCAUGUCUUUCUACAAUCCGCCCGGAACGGGAUCGGCGCCCCGGAACAUCUGCUACGACGGCUUCACGGACGCUCAGUUGCAGAUCCUCCUUCCCGUCCGUCUGGAGCUGUGUAUCGUUCUCUUCUGCAUCCCGUUCCUCAUCUGCAGCUUCUGCUACAUAAACUUCAUCCGCAUCCUCUCGCGGCUGCCCAACAUCGGACGGCGCAGGAGGCUGCGAGCCAUCGGUCUGGCUUUGGGCACCUUGUUAGUCUUCGCUCUGUGUUUCGGACCUUACAACGUCUCUCACGUGGUCGGCUUCGUAACGAAGGAGAGCCCGGAGUGGCGGGACAAAGCGCUGCUGCUCAGCACGUUCAACGCUUGUUUGGAUCCUAUUAUUUUUUACUUCACGUCUGCCGCCGUGAGGAACGCGUUGGGCGCCAUGGUGAGGGGGGUUUGGAAUAAAUGCAGGUGUCCGCAGGUCCUCUGGAGUUCAAAAAAAAAGACACCUUCUGAAACGGAGAAAAGCGGCCUGCCGAAACCACAAGAGAUCAACGCAGUUUGACAAACAAUGGAAGACCGGGAAACAAUGUAUUUUUUCACGUAUGACACUUGGUAAACAUGUCUAAACUUCCUGGAAAGAGGAGCGAGCGCACGGGCGUGCUGGGAAUGCCAAAACAACAGAAAUCACGUGGACGCGUUAUCUUACUACGCAGCGAUGAAACUCUUCGAUGUGUACAUAUAGAGACUGAAUUGUGUGUCUGCAAACAGAGGAGGAACUCACUUUGAUUACGUUUUGCGCGGAGUGUUUAUUCAGCCAGAAUUAAAACCACAUCGCAGGCAGAGUCUACAUAACAUACUUGUACCCAUUAUUCACAUCCCUCCAAACAAAGAGAACGAAGGAGGGCAUCGAUUCAUACAGCUCACAGAUGAAAGAGGAACAUUCACCGACCACACGAGCAUCAACAGAAGCCCAUCAUUUAAAACAGUCACAUUUCCCAUCUGAGGAGGUUAAUGGCUGGGAACUGGCAGUGUGGUUUGGUGAUGUGGCUCGGUGGCUAGAGCGUUACGUUCCCUGAUAGCACACAAUCAUCUGGCAGACGUCUAUUUGAUGUCUGCAUUUACAUCUGCAAGACAUUGUGUGCUCCUCUGCAAUACGUCUUGGAGACGUCUGUUGUCAGAUGUCAUGUAGACAUCUAGAAGACAUCUGUAAGAUGUCUAUGGUUUGGAAUGGAUGUGCUUAAUUUACGUGCUUAAUUUAUGAGAAUGUAAAUACGAAUGUAAAUGAAAAUGUAUCAUUAUUGUAUAUUUAAGAGAGACAGUGAGCAUCUCUCAAGCUUUAUACGUUGUUGUUAUAUAAUAUAUACAGUACGUUAUACGUUGUGGUUAUAUAAAAAACAUCAGAACAUCAUAUUGUACUGUAGGUGUGUUCUCUGUGUGUCUCUUCAUCCCGGGUUAUGUCGUAAAAUGUUUAUGGCAUAUUUCCUUUCUGUUCAUAAUAACAAUUAAGCUCUAAUCUCUUGUCGCUGUAAUAAACCUGACAAAUAUUUACAAAGGGUUAUUGUCCUGGAACAGAGCGAACAUACAGAAACAUACACACACAUGUGCACAUUUGUUCCUUGUUUUAAUAU